UAUGUCUCAAGAUGGCGGCCAAUGCAGGAUCGAUGUUUCAAUAUUGGAAGCGCUUUGACUUACAACAACUACAGAAAGAACUAGACGCCACCGCCACACAGCUUGCCAACAGACAGGACGAGAGUGAACAGUCCAGGAAGAAGCUGAUCGACCUGAGCCGCGAGUUCAAGAAGAACACACCAGAGGAUUUACGGAAACAGGUCGCCCCCUUGCUCAAGAGCUUCCAAGGAGAGAUCGAUGCCUUGAGUAAGAGAAGUAAAGAAGCAGAGGCCGCCUUCUUGAACGUCUACAAGAAAAUAAUCGAUGUCCCAGAUCCUGUACCUGUGCUGGAGCUGGCUCAGCAGCUGCAGCUGAAGCUCCAGAGGAUGCACGACAUUGAGACUGAGAACACCAAACUUCGAGAGACACUGGAGGACUACAACAAAGAGUUUGCAGAUGUCAAAAACCAAGAGGUCACCAUCAAGGCCCUGAAGGAGAAGAUCCGAGAGUACGAGCAGUCUCUGAAGAAUCAAGCCGAGGACCUGGCCCAAGAAAAGCAGUUCCAGCUACACAACGACUAUGCAGAGAAGGAGAGGAAACUCCAGGAGAGCCAGGACUCCAUGUCCUCGAGGUUGGAAGAGGCUGAACAUAAGGCCCAGUCCCUACAGACAGCACUUGAAACAACUCAGGCCGAGCUCUUUGAUUUGAAGACAAAGUAUGACGAGGAAUCCACAGCAAAGGCCGAUGAGAUUGAGAUGGUGAUGACAGACCUGGAAAGAGCCAAUCAGCGGGCAGAGGGAUCUCAGAGGGAGGCGGAGUCACUCAGAGAGCAGUUGUCCUUGAGUAACCAAUCCCAGCAGCUCGGCAGCCCGGCCAAGGCCGACCCCGACACGGAACAGGUGGCGGAGGUGGCAUCCCACUCAAGUCUGGAGGCGGAGCUCAGAGCCAAAGAAAGGGAGACCGCCCAGCUGGUGGAGGACGUCCAGAGACUGCAGGCCAGCCUGACCAAACUCCGAGAGACCACCAGCUCCCAGAUCACACAGCUGGAGCAGCAGCUCAGCAGCAAGACUGCCGUUCUCAAGGAACUGGAGGAGAAACUGCUGAAGCAAGUUGACUAUGAGGAGGUGAAGAAGGAGCUGAGUAUCCUCAAGUCUAUGGAGUUUGGAACAUCUGACUCUGUUCAGGACUCAUCCAAACCUCUGGAGGUGCUGUUGCUGGAGAGGAACCGUAGUCUUCAGUCUGAGAGCGCCGCUCUGCGCAUUGCAAACACUGAGCUCAGCGGGUCAGCCGGGGGAAAAGGGACAGAAGAGUCCUCAACGAAGGAGGAGAUCAUGCCCAGAGAUCCCUCUUCCUCGCCCCCUCCCUCUCUUCCUUCCUCCUCCCAGCUCCCACUGUCUCGCACUCACACGGACCCCCUCAACACUGCCACCACCACCACCAGCAGUGGCGAAACACACCCUUUCUCUCCCACGGGCAUUGGACAGGACUUCUACUCCCCCGUAUUCCCUCUGGUGGGUGGUAAGAUGGCUUUGAACUCCCUGAUCCAGCGGCAGCUCCUCCAGACCUUCUACUCCAAAGCCUUGCAGGAGUCGUCUGGGAUCCCCAGUGGGGCUCUACUGUUCACCCCCUUUACACCGACCCUCAGCUCCAUCCCUACCUCCACCCCUGGCUCUGGGUCUGCUGCCGUCCCUCUGGCAGCCAGCAGCCCCCAGCCACCUCAAGCCAGCCCAGAUAUGGCUCCCGUUAAUGGGAGCAGCACCGCUGGCAGCGCGCCGUCCCCAUCGCCCAGCCACUCCGACGCCACCACGGGGAGUGUUUUGGACGGGGAGGACAUGGACACGGCAGAGAUUGCCCGACAGGUGAAAGAGCAACUGAUCAAGCACAACAUCGGCCAGCGCGUGUUCGGCCACUAUGUGCUGGGACUGUCCCAGGGUUCGGUCAGUGAGAUCCUGGCCAGACCAAAGCCGUGGAACAAGCUAACCAUCCGGGGGAAGGAGCCAUUCCACAAGAUGAGGCAGUUCCUGGCCGAUGAGCAGAACAUCCUGGCACUGCGCAGCAUCCAGGGACGGCAGAGAGGUAACAUUACUUCCCGCGUCCGCACCCCAGAGGCAGGUUCAGAUGAGGCUAUCAAGUCCAUUCUGGAGCAGGCGAAAAGAGAGCUGCAGGUGCAGAAAGCUGACUUGUCCCAUGUUCCGCCAUCAUACACAGGCCUGAAAGGAGGGGGCAGAGUAGGCAGUGUGGGGGGGAGCGGUUCAGACGAAGCCAUCCGCUCCAUCCUAGAGCAGGCUCGCCGAGAGAUGGAGGCCCAGCAGGCGUCACUGGAGCCCCUCCUCAAGGCCUCGUCCUCCUCCUCCUCAGCAUUGCUGUCUCAGAGGGACCUCCUGAACUCUUCGCUCUCGGCCCCCCUGCCCCCUUACAACCCCCUGGCACUUUCCUUCAAGAAGACCCCCUGCUCCCUCCUGUCCUCGCCCUCAUCCCCGUCUCCGAUCCUCGACUUCAGCUCCAGCGUGAAGAGAGAGGGCAGGGGCUCUUCAGGGUUCGACUUUUCCGCUGACGGAGCUCUCAGGCUGAGUCGCAGCAAUGAGAGCUCGGCCCGCUCCGGGAGCUCCGGGGGGGUGGGCUACUGGAGGGAGCAGUGGUGGAGCAACAUGCACACAGACCCCCGCAGGAACAUAUCCAGCCAGACGGGAGAGGAGAACCACAACCUGGAAGACUCCAAAGAGGGAAUAUUGAGUGACAGCCUGUCUCGGCACAAACCGUGGAACAAGUUGAACCAGAGGAGCAGAGAGCCAUACCUCCGCAUGCAGCCAUGGCUCAAUGGAGAUCAGGGGCAAAACACACACAUCCAGCCUGCUCAGAACCAAGCAGAGGGAACUCCCAAGACAUCAGCUAGCUGCAGCCCGGCUCCGGAGUCGCCCCUCAGUUCAACUGAAGAGUCUGUCAACGGUCUCGCCGGGGAUCCACUCGCUUCCCAGUCCUCCAGUCUCAAACCUCUGUCUGAGGAUCCCUCCGGUGGGGAGUCUCAGCCCGGCACCCCGCUGCCUGUACCUGGUCACUCAGGGCUCAGCAUCCAAGAGAUGGUGGCCAUGUCUCCUGAGCUUGAUACUUACGCCAUCACCAAGAAGGUUAAGGAGGUGUUGACUGAUAAUAACCUUGGCCAGCGUCUGUUUGGGGAGACUAUCCUGGGUCUGACUCAGGGUUCUGUCUCAGACCUGCUGGCCAGGCCCAAACCUUGGCACAAGCUCAGCCUGAAGGGCAGGGAGCCCUUUGUCCGCAUGCAGCUCUGGCUCCAGGACCCGCACAGUGUGGAGAAACUCAUGGACAUGAAGCGCCUGGAGAAGAAAGCCUACAUGAAGAGGCGGCUGAGCUCCCUGAGCGACAGCCAUUCUGUGGAAGGGGUCUUGGUGGGGACAGAUUACUUGCAGGGCUCCCAGAGCCCGGGGCAUCAGCAUUUGAAGAAGGCCAGGGUGGUGUUGGGCCCUGAGGAGAAGGAGGCCCUAAAAAGGGCGUACCAGCAGAAACCCUACCCCUCCCCCAAAACCAUUGAGGAGCUGGCCUCCCAGCUCAACCUGAAGACCAGUACAGUCAUCAACUGGUUCCAUAAUUACAGGUCACGUAUCCGGCGAGAACUUUUCAUAGAGGAGAUCCAGGCAGCUGGAGGGGUAGUAGGAGGGCCUGGCAGCGAGGGGGGAUCUCCUUCCCUCCGUGGGUCCAAAUCAGGAGAAGGGGACAGCUGUGAUGGGACAGAAUCGGAGGGCACGGUGGAGAUUCGCCAGGGACUGGGGAUUGGCCUGGAGGAUCACAGAGGAGCAUGCAAAGACCAUGAUAUGGAGGCUGAGUCUGAGGCAGGGGGCUCUAAUAACUCCCCUGCUCAGCUAGACUGCACCACCUCAGGCUUAGUCGGGCCGGGCUCCAGCUGUGGACUGGGGCUCUUCAGCCUCACAGAAGCGUCCUCCAGUAGCCAUGCCUCUAGUACAAACAUCCCAGCCUCUGGCCCUGCCAGAAACCCCAGGGACAACAAUCUGCGCAAGAAGAAAGCAGCCAAUCUCAAUAACAUCAUCCACAGGCUGGAGAAGGCUGCCAGCAAAGAGGAUCCCUCGGAGUGGGAGUUCUAGCUCCCCCUGACCAUCCUUCAUCCCUCUUGUUUCAUAACCUCACGACCUCUAACCUUGGACCCCUCCUGCUCUGUUCCAGUUGGAGAGUGGACACAGCCAAAGUCAAGCUCAGCAGCCAUUUUUAUUAAAUAGAAGCUUUCCCAAAAGAGGAAAGAAACAAAGAGUGGUUGGCAAAACCCUUAAAAAGAUGAUUUACUGAAUACCUAGAAGAACAAAAUAAGAGAACUUAAGUGUCUCUCCUUUUUUUUAAACUGAGUUUUGUUUUUGUACUGAGAAAAGCACUUAGCCGUCCUGCUGGCCUCCGGCCCUGCUGUACCUCCCCCUAUCACCAGCCACUGGUGCACCAGACUGGUUUGUCCUGAGCUGGGGUCUGACCCACAGCUGGGGUUGAAACCUGGACUCAGUAACACAGGCAAGGCCUGACACAGCAGCUGUCACAGUGAUAGACACUGAUAGAUGAUAGAUAGAGACAGGAACUCUCUUACAAGAACUCUCACUUUCUUAAAGGAGAUUUUUUCCGCUCUUCUUCUCACCUCCCAAGUGUCCACAAACCUCCCCUCACUCAGUGAGACGCCUCAUUUUUCACACUGUAGAGUGACUGUUACAAACCCUUUGCCUUUUUCACUCACUGCGUGUGUGUGUGCGUGUUUGUAUGUUAGGGGUUGUGUCAGUGUGCACCUGUGUGUGUGUGGGGUUGUGUGUGUCCACACCCUAAAAUGGUGUGUGUGUGUGUGUGUAUAUGUGUGUGUGUGUUCUCUUCUCAAUGGCAGCAUGUUUUCUUUUUUAUCUCACUCCUACACUCUUAAGAGGGUAGUGGAAGGCCUGCCGGCUGAGCUGCCAUGGUUACUGAUGUAAGAAAGAUGAACUUUGA